CAAAAAGAAAACCAUUCCAUCGCAACAACACCCAUCAAAGAACCCUCAGCUGCAACAGAGAACUUAUGGCAACUAUCUCUCCUAAUCUCGCAGAGAUCGGCGACGAAAUCGUCAAGAGCGACAAGGCCAAACGGAUAGUCAUCAAACUGAAGACAUGUAAUCUCGACUCGGGUGACUACCGUGCCUCAGCGUGCGAAUUUCUCGACGCCGUGUUCCCGGACUGGGAACACGAUAACCGGAUCCUCUUCCUCACCAUCCAGGUGCACGUCACCCGGACGUUCUUGGUGGUAGAGAUCAACAACCAUGCCUACGACUUCUUCACCGCCCACGACUGUAAAACACUUCUUCCAGUCUACGUGCUUCUGCAGAAGGGCAGGCGUGGCUGGGCCCUGGUCCGAUGGCCGCAGCAGGAUGAGGAUCUUGCGAUUCGUCUAGCAGACAUACAUCAGCGCCACGGUUGGCAUGCAAGAACGCCCAUCCUCGAGAAUUACAUCCACCUCGUUGUCUGUGCCGAUCCCCGCGCAUUACACCCCCGUCCCUCCAUAGAUUCUUCGACUUUCACCUCAAUCUAG